AUGGCCCACCAGUCUUCCGCACGGCCUGCUGUGCCGCCUCCAUCCCAGGCGGCCUCGAACGCCGCCGCCGCCCUCCAAGGCGCCAACCUCGCCUUCGCCCGAACCACAGCACCGAGACCCAUACCACCCGCCAAACGAGUACCCCCCAACGGCGCCCUCUAUGCCGCCGCGACUGCCUCGACCCGCGACAGGAGCCGCAGCCGCAGCCCAGCUCCGUCCCAGAGCCGACAGACGACCGGCGGCACUGACGGCACCACCGAGCACGCCCGCUGGCCUCGUCUCGCCUCGAGCCCGCCGCCUGCCGCCCGCCUGUCUCCGUCCUCGGCCGCCAAGCCCACGAGCUACGACACGAAGAGCCCUUCGUACAUCGCCGCCACCCUCGCCGCCUCGCGAUCCGCCUCGCCGAGCCCCAAUGCCAACACCCCCGUGCCGGGCCUGCCGGCGGUCGCCCGCCGCAGGACCAGUGUCAACAGCCUCAGCGGCGGCAGCAGCCUCGACCUGCCAGACACGAGCUCCAUCGCGCCGACGACGAACCUGAUCUCCAUGUUCGAGAGGAGAGACGAUAACGGCGGCGACGAUGACGACGACGACGUGGAGCCCACAAAAAAGAAGACGCCCGUCAGACGACCCACCGCCAUGCGGCGUGUGCCCCAGCUGAGGGCCAUGACGCCUGAGCGAGAAAUCAGUCCCCAGGGCAGGCGCGCGCCGCCGGUGCGCGACUCUGCCUCGCCCGCGACGGAAGAGACGACACCAACAGCGAGACCAAAACCCAGGGUGAAGCCAAAGCUGAGGCCCAUGACGCCCGAAAGAAAGAUGAGCCCCGACAGGAGGGAGCCCGGGCCCUACACGCCUUCGUUCCCGCGCCGCCACCCGGCGGCCGCGUCAACGAGCAGCCUGCCCCUGCACUCGCUCUCCAACGCCAUCAUGGCCGGCUCCCUCGCCGCCGCCCGGCUGACGCCCAGCAACACAGGCGCCAGCGGCCACAGCCCGGCGCCGCCUCUGCCGCGCCGCCAUCACGCCAAGUCACCGCGCCUGCGCCAGACGCUCCGGCAGCCGCCGGCGCAGUCGGACGACGAGGAGACGCGCCGCAAGAAGAAGCACCACGGCUCGCACUCGAACAAGAAGCACUUCCACCACGAGGGCGCGCGCCGCCGCUGGCGCGAGGAGAUAACGCCGCGCGAGCGCAAGCGCUACGAAGCCUUCUGGGCAAUCAAUCGCGCCUUGCUGCACGACAAGAUGCCCCCUGGCCCCCGCGCCCGCCGUCGCCGCCCGACCUCGUUUCUGAACGUCGUCGUGCGCGAAGAUUUUGGGGCCCGGUCGGCGCCCUGCCGGGAUGAACGAGUUUCGGGGAAGUUCUGGGGAUCCUCGUCGUCCGCCAAAAGCGCCGGCGCCGUUGCCCCCCGGGCAUGCUGGGCCAAGCAGGAGUUCCGUCGCCGGCCCGUGGGUUCGCCGACUAGGGGCUCAAGGGCCCGGAAAAAUCCCCCGCCAAAGCGUAGACCUGAGGGAAAUCAUGCCAUCUACUGCAGGGGGCAGUAA